AACAACUUCCUGUUUAAAGAGAAACGUCAACAGAGAACCAUCUUAUGUCAACACAAAGAGGAAAACUCCACUGGGCGAACCAAAUCCAGGGUAUUUCAGCUGAUACAUAAAAAGAAAGAUUCAUAAAGUAUUUUUUUGUUAUUAUCGAUAGAAUGUCAGAGAGGGAGGGACUGAGGGCAGACUCCACCCACUUCACUUUAGCAGGAGCUCCGUUUCGGAUCUUGGGAGGCUCCAUCCACUAUUUUCGGGUGCCCAGGGCCCACUGGAGAGAUCGGCUGCUGAAACUGAAGGCUUGUGGUCUCAACACUCUCACCACGUAUGUGCCGUGGAAUCUUCAUGAACCGGAAAGAGGAGUUUAUGUGUUUCAGGAUCAGCUGGAUCUGGAGGCGUACAUUCGUCUAGCAGCUGAAUUAGAUCUGUGGGUUAUUCUGCGUCCUGGGCCGUACAUUUGUGCAGAAUGGGAUUUGGGUGGUUUACCAAGCUGGCUGCUGCAGGACAAGAAAAUGAAAUUAAGGACGACUUACUCGGGUUUCACAAGUGCUGUGAACUCCUUCUUUGAUAAGCUCAUUCCGAGAAUCACACCACUCCAGUAUAAAAAAGGAGGCCCUAUUAUUGCAGUUCAAGUAGAGAAUGAAUAUGGUUCAUAUGCAAAGGACGAGCAGUACCUGUCAGUCGUCAAAGAGGCAUUAAUGUCCCGGGGAAUCUCAGAGCUUCUCAUGACAUCAGAUAACCGAGAAGGGUUAAAAUGUGGAGGCGUGGAUGGAGUCUUGCAGACCGUGAACCUACAGAAACUGUCUUACGGUGAUGUGCAGCAUUUGGCAGAACUGCAGCCACAGAAGCCGCUGAUGGUGAUGGAGUAUUGGUCUGGCUGGUUUGAUGUCUGGGGAGAACUGCAUCAUGUUUUCUCUGCGCAAGAAAUGAUCUCCAUAGUUCGAGAGCUUCUGGAUCGCGGCGUCUCCAUCAAUUUUUACAUGUUUCAUGGAGGGAGCAGCUUUGGAUUUAUGAGCGGAGCAGUUGAUUUGGGCACCUACAAACCACAGACAAGCAGCUAUGAUUAUGAUGCUCCACUGACAGAAAGCGGCGAUUAUACAACAAAGUAUCAUCUCUUGAGGAGUCUGCUGAGCUCCUACAGCAAAGAGCCGAUAUUAGAGCCGCCGGCUGUGCAGAGCAGAAGAGUGUAUGAGCCGGUGGUUGUUACUCAGCACAUUUCACUAUGGGAGAGUCUUCAGUGUGUAGAAACAAGUUUCAGAGCUGAUGAUCCUGUCAGUAUGGAGAAUCUUCCGGCGAACAACAAUAAUGGUCAGUCCUAUGGAUACACACUCUAUCAGACGGACAUUUAUUCAGGUGGAGAACUGAACUCAAGAAAUCAUGUUCGUGACAGAGCUCUAGUGUUUAUUGACAGAGAACUCAUCGGCGUUUUGGACUACAGAACUCAGAAAGUUAAAAUACCUCAGAGUAAGAGUGAAAGGACCUUAAGUUUGCUGGUUGAAAACUGUGGACGAGUAAAUUAUGGUCCAGCCCUUGACAGCCAGCAGAAAGGCCUUGUUGGAGAUAUAACUCUGGAAAAUGUACCUCUGAAAAAAUUCACCAUGCACUGUUUGGACAUGAAGCCGGGGUUCAUAAACAGACUGCAGUCUCGGAAAUGGACAUCUGUCAGUGAGAAGCCCACCUAUCCUGCGUUUUUCAGAGGAUCUCUUGUAGUGGAUCAACCCACAGACACAUUUAUAAAGCUUCCAAAUUGGAGUAAAGGAGUGGUUUUUGUGAAUGGGCAAAAUCUUGGACGCCAUUGGUCGGUUGGUCCUCAGAAAGCGCUAUAUCUACCCGGACCCUGGCUCAAGACUGGAGAAAAUGAGAUUAUUGUUUUUGAGGAAUUCAAAGCUACGGAAACAAUCCAUUUUGCCGAAAAUCCAGAGUUUGGCAAGACAAUCGACGUUUCUACACAGCUGUUUUGCACCCUGAUGUAAAAACACACACGUAUGGUUUCUCAAAAAACCUGAUCUCAGACUUACACCCUUUAAAUUGAAAUCCCCACAGCGAUAUCGUAAUACGAUAUGUUACUGAUAAGUAAUCACAGUAUAUUGAGAAAAUUGAUUUGUAUUAAAAACAGGUAUUCUUAUAUGCAAAUCAGGUGAGUGAUAUAUAAACAGCCCUCUGUGUAUUGAAUCUACAAGUAUAAACUCAUUAAGAAAUGGUCUUUAAAGGUUUGUUUUGUAUUCAAAGAUCCUGUGAAGUGUUUCGAAAUGUGCAUUUUUUUUUUAAUGUUUGAUGUAAUCUCUGAACAAUGAAGAGAGGGCGGGACAAAGAGUAGCUCCUCCCCUUUUUAAAAACAACAAGUAGUGUUUUGUUUUAUCACAGCUCUGCUAGUAGGAGUGGUUGAGCUCCAGUGCAUCAAAUGAGAAGCAAGUUAAAGGGAGCGGGGCAUGUCAAAUACUAGAGAGCAUUUGAUUGGUCAAGAUUUGAUGAGAAACUGAAGUAUGAGGUGACGUGAAAAAAAGUGGAUCCAUUUAGGUGGAAGCAACAAACUAUUUUAUUCAAAGUUUAUUUUACAUGCUUUACAUGUUUAUACCGGUUUUAUAUUUUCUUGUAAAUGCUAAUUUUAUUGUUGUUUUGUGCCACACAAGCUUAUAGAUAUUCUUAAAGACUAACAUACUGAUACUAACAUCUAAAAAAUGUUAUUUUAAUUUCACUGGACCUUUAAAAAAGUGCUUCUAUAUAAAAAAUAAAUCAGGCGAGUGAUAUAUAAACAGCCAUCUGUGUAAAAACCUCUAGAAUAUAGGAAUAAACUCAUCAAAAAAAAUGGUCUUUAAA